ACUCCAUAAAACUACAGUUCCCACAAUGCGUUGCGCCUCCGCCGCUUUCCUUUCAAGAUGGCUGCGCUGAGCAGUAAGUGCCCCAACUGUGUCUCUUUUUCUCUUUCUCCCUACUUAUUCGGCUGGUGGGUUCGUGUCUUUUGAGUGGCGCGGGGUUCGUGGAGGGGUUCCCCCCCUUUGCUAGAGGGAGCCAGAGUUAUGGCAAUGAGUUUUAAGUGGGGAUCCGUUUUUGGCCGGGUUGUAAAGAUAAACAAGGACUUUCAAAUUGUUAUGAGGAUGACCUUCUUAAGUGGGUCGGUGGAGAAGGAACGUGGCGGAGUCUUUAGGGCACGUGCAAACUGUGUGCACGGGGGAGGGUUGCCAGGUGGUACACGAGUACUUUGUGUAUUUUCAGUCUACCACGACCAUAGUGUUGGAAGGGAUCACAAGAGGCAUCUAGCUCAACCCAUUGCAGAUACUGAAAAUCCGCUACAGAAGCAUUUCUGAUAGGCAGCCACAUUCCCUCUGCUUUUAAACCCCUAAUGAAGGAAAAGCGACCUGUAGGUGCUCACUCAGUCCUGAGCACAAGACACGUUACAAAACCUGUUCUCUCAGCUAUCUUGUGAGCCAAGUGUGGUGGCAACCCCUUUCACACUUACCAGGGGUUAAGCCUCAUUGAACUUGGUGGGACUUAACUUCUGAAUAGAUUUUCAUAAGGUUCCACUGUCCAUCCAUUAUUUUUACUUACUUAAAAAAAAUAUGUUUCAGCUUUCCCAUUAAUAAUGUGUCUAAGCGGUGUGCAGUAUUAUAAAUGAUCAGAAAAACCAAGAGCAAACAUUGGAAGCAGGAGCAAGAAUAGCUCCGGAGAAAGAAAAGUGUUCAUCCGGCGUGUAGGCACCAAGCAAGUAUCUUGUUGUUCGAAAGAUGCAGUGCCUACAUAGAAAAGGCUCCAAUUCUGGUCACCACCUUAGAAAAGUUGGGGUACCUAGAACAGAGCCUCUAUAAUUAAAGUCUUAAGAUGCCACUGUUGUUUCAAUUUUUCAGAUGGGAAAAGUGAGGCGCUGAAUGACAGAUCUGCUCACGGUCUCCCAGUUGAGGCCUAAUUAGUGCCUCGUGCAACUCCUGGUUCCCAACCCUCUUAAAUUAUGAAUAAAAGAUGCCCCAAAAUCUGUCCUUUGUAGAUCUGCCUGCACAAGCCAACUCCCUACUUUGCCACUAGCAAGAAGACACUGUUUUUUAAAAGGAGAUGCUGGUCCUGCCAUGUUGGUAAGCUGCAGGGGCAGGCAAAUAUUAGAUGUGAAAAAUUCCUAUCCUCCCAAAUACUCUGAUAGCCUUCUCCUGUUAUAACUUAUUAGGCCUCCAAACAUUGUCAGAGAAGCAAGAAUUCAAAAUAGUUCUAAUAAGUGUGCAUACUUCCUUAUCCCACAGAAAUUAUCCCAUUUCUGAAAAAUGCAUGGGGAAAGGAUCCAGUUGUCGUUCUCUCUUUCGGCAUUGGUUUUAUGGGUGAGUUUGCAUUACUUUUCCCUGCAGCCCAGGAAUCCACUUUCUUACUUAAUGCAUUUUUGCAGUUUGCUUGUGGGUGCUGUGUACGGGGUCCCAGAGCUUGUCACAUCCAGACACUGACCAGGGCCAGUCCUGCUUAGCUUUAGAAAGGGUGCUGCACUAUGGGUCUUCAGACCACAUCCUUGGUAUGUUAUUGACCUAGCCCCCAAUUUCUGGCCUUACACAAUUUGCAGCAUACAACCCAUACUGCAGUGGCAUCACUGUCAAAUUGUACUUUUUCAGAAACAUACCGAAUUUAUUCCAUGUGUGGACUAAUGCGUAGCGAUUGUUUUCAGGUAUUGGAGAUAUCAAGCAGACUUUCAGAAAGGUGCAGCCAGAUCAAAGAGAGUGCAGUGGGGAUGUUUUUGGGACUGCAUACUCUACCAGGAAACUGAAAUAAAUCCUUUGUGUAGGCUAGGGACAGGGAACCUGUGGCCCUCCAAUGACUCACAAUUUCUAGCAGUAGGGUUAUAAGUUUUUGGUGUAGCAAAUGAGGGCCUUUGUGGAUGAUGUCAUUAAGAGCUAAGGGCUAAAAUUUGUUGCUUUGUGAUUUUUAAAUAUUUUUUUUCAAAAACACAACUAAAAAUUCCUUCACAUAGUAGCAUUCCCACCAUAGAUGCUAACUUCUUCCCCUUUUCCCAGAGUCUCUCCAGCAGUCUGGAGAGAUGUUGGGUUGAUUCUUUUUAAUUUAACUGGAACCCAGUGCCAUCUAUGUAUUAUUUUAAAAGUAGAUGCUUGAACUUUUGUGGGCAUAAUUUUAAAUGGAGCUUUGCCUCAGAGAGCAUUUGUCCUCAUGUAUCUCUUGUCCUAAGUCAAUUUCCCAUACUCUUUUCAAGCCUAGUGUAUUACCAGUCCAUUCUGAUAGGAGUGCCUUAUAAAUGCUAGAUAGCAUUCUUUUGGAGUUGGUGUUUGCCCAUGACGAUGUUAGUGGCCAAGUAUUAAUGCCUGAUUUGAGUUGUUGUUGAGCAAAAGAGCACACUUGGUAUAGUUGAAACCAAUUAGGACAAUUAUCAUCUAGUAUUUGGCAUAGCUUGUCUGUUAAUGGUUUAUUAUUUUUAUAAUAAACCAUUGACAGCAGGUCACAUAAUCUAUAGAUACCCUUUUCUCCCAGUUAGAGAAUUGCCGGUGUUUAUCUCUGUAUUUAAAAUCAGUAUGCUCUAUUAUGGGUGUUCCCCUCCCCUGAUAUAGACAAAGGGUAGCCAGAAGAUACGAUUAGGAUUUGUUGGUGGAUAUUUUGUGUAAUUUGAAGUAGAUUGGCGACUAUUUCUUACUCCCAGUUGCUUAAAAAUGACAACUUUGAGAUAACCUCCUGCCCAAGUUAUACUGUUGAAAUGUAGAAAGCCAAGAAAGCAGGUAACCAGAGGGAACUCUUCUAUGGAAGGGCUCAUUUCUGGAACUAGAAACCAAUUCCUGGACUCAGAAUUCUUGACUUCGAAGCCUUUUGCACUGGACUCUGGUUGGCGGAUCUCUUGAGUUUUAGAAAACAAAGCAGGUCCUCGAGGCUAAAGUCUUGCCCAUCCCUAUACUGACCUAGAGAGAGCAGUACUCUUGAGUUUAUUUCUUUUGUUGUUAGUGGCUUGGUGUGCAAUUUAUGUUUUCAGUUUCUUUCUGACUCACAUCUGUGUUUUUCCUUUCUGAUUUCAGCUUUGGUGGCACCGUGGGUCAGUCCGUUAACAAAAUACAGUUCCAUGAUGACCCAGGCUGUACCAUAUACAUAUCCAGGUAUAACACCUAUCCCUUUAAUAAAGGCAGUUCCUUAGCAGAAGAGCAGCAUGAAAUAUUUGACUCCAUGUUUAGUGCAGCUGAUGUUAGACAGGAAUCUAUGGCUGAGCCACUUCUUUGGAGCAAGACAACUGAAGAUCUAAUAGAAGUGAUAUGUGAUGUUGUUGGGUUACUUGACAAAUAAAAAACUAAAGCAUACACACCCAAAUAAAAUAACUGACUGCCAGGUCUGGAAGGCAUGUACUGGAGAACUCCCAAAAUAGCUCAAUUGUCAUAUUCUUCACCUUUUAACAAAACAGUCAAAUUUUCACUACAAUUGGCCUCCUUGCAGGAGAAUUGAAAGUUGGCCAACACAUUCUUGAAAAUGAAUCCAUGGUAACUAAGAGGCAGUGUACCGCUAAAUACUACCACCCUACACUCUGAUUUGUGGGCAGAGGGUCUGCACCUAUAAAUCAAGCUGAUUGGCUGGCAAAACCAGAAUGGGCAUAGUUUUUCCAUCACUGCGUCUCUAUGCUAGGAGGAAAUGGUUCUCCCCUAGCAUUUCUCCCUGUAGCACAGCUUUUGUCAGGAAGAUGCAUUGGCGAGGUGGCUCUCUGACAAGCCAGUGGUCUACUUUGUGUUGCGGCACCAUUUUGUUCUGUACAGGGUCUCUUAGUCAAAUGCUUGUUGUGUCCUUCCCUAACAGAAGUAUUUGUUUGUAUCCAAGCUGCAGUUGGGAGAUAGACAUACUUGAUUUCUGUUCUUUUGCUCUCUCCAGUUCCAGUUCGGGAUGAUGGCAAUAUGCCAGAUAUUCCCUCCCACCCUUGUGACAAGGAAGGACCAAGUCUUGAAUGGCUAAAGAACUUCUGAGACAGGCCCUUGUGAAGAACAGGCCUAGAGAACCAACACUGAAGGGGCUACCCAGGCCUGCACUGCUCUCUGCUCUUUUGUGUACAUGUGUAACAUUUUCAGGAUAUAAUAAACUUGCUAACUUAAAAGCA